CAGGUCCUGCUGCAGAGGGAGUGGAGCAGCAGAACUCAGAGGUUCCCAGAGCUCAGUCUGUCCAGCAGCAUCACCUGGACUCCAUAUUCAUGUUGCUGGAGGACAACAUGGUGACUUUUGUGAAGAAGGAGCUGAAGAAGAUACAGAAGCUUGUGAGUCCAGAUUACCCAGAAUGCUCAGAGAGUCAGAGGGAGGAUGAGGAGGAGUUGGAGGGUGAUAAUGAAGAGCAGAGGAGCAGCAGAGAGAUGUUUGAGCAGAUCACAGUGUUGUUCCUGAGAAGGAUGAAGCAUGAGAAGCUGGCUGACUGUCUGCAGAGCAAACUUGCUGCUGGAGUUUGUGGACGUGAACUUAAACGUGGUCUGAAGGAGAAGUUCCAGAGAGUGUUUGAGGGCAUCGCUAAAGCAGGACAGCCGACCCUCCUGAAUGAGAUCUACACAGAGCUGUACAUCACAGAGGGAGGGACUGCAGAGGUCAAUGAUGAACAUGAGGUCAGACAGAUUGAAGCAGCAUCCAGGAAAGCAGACAGAGCAGAAACAAUCAUUAGAGCAGAAGACAUCUUUAAAGGCUCACCUGGAAGAGAUGGACCAAUCAGAACAGUGAUGAUAAAGGGAGUGGCUGGCAUCGGGAAAACAGUGUUAACACAGAAGUUGACUCUGGACUGGGCUGAAGACAAAAGCAACCAGGACAUCCACUUCAUGUUUCCAUUGACUUUCAGAGAGCUGAAUGUGCUGAAAGAGAGAAAAUUCAGCUUGAUGGAACUUGUUCAUCACUUCUUCAGUGAAACCAAAGCAGCAGGAAUGUGCAGCUUUGAAGACUUCAAGGUUGUGUUGAUCUUUGACGGUCUGGAUGAGUGUCGCCUUCCUCUGGACUUCCACCACAAUGAGGUCCUGACUGAUGUUAGAGAGUCCACCUCAGUGGAUGUGCUGCUGACAAACCUGAUCAGGGGGAAUCUGCUUCCCUCUGCUCACCUCUGGAUAACCACACGACCUGCAGCAGCCAAUCAGAUCCCUCCUGACUGUGUGGACAUGGUGACGGAGGUCAGAGGGUUCACGGACCCACAGAAGGAGGAGUACUUCAGGAAGAGAUCCAGAGAUGAGGAGCAGGCCAGCAGCAUCAUCUCCCACAUGAAGAAGUCACGAAGCCUCCACAUCAUGUGCCACAUCCCAGUGUUCUGCUGGAUCACUGCUACAGUUCUGGAGGACCUGCUGAGAAGCAGAGAGGGAGGAGAUCUGCCCAGAACCCUGACUGAGAUGUUCAUCCACCACCUGGUGGUUCAGGCCAAAGUCAAGAAGGUCAAAUAUGAUGGAGGAGCUGAGACAGAUCCACACUGGAGUCCAGACAGCAAGAGAAUGAUUGAGUCUCUGGGAAAACUGGCUUUUAAUCAGCUGCAGAGAGGAAACCUGAUCUUCUAUGAGUCUGACCUGACGGAGUGUGGCAUCGAUCUAGAAGCAGCGUCAGUGUACUCAGGAGUGUUCACACAGAUCUUUAAAGAGGAGAGAGGGCUGUACCAGGACAAGGUGUUCUGCUUCGUUCACUUGAGCGUUCAGGAGUUUCUGGCUGCUCUUCAUGUCCAUCAGACCUUCAUUGACUCUGGAAUCAACCUGCUGGAAAAACGACAAACAACCUCCAACAAACCUGAUCUGACAGUUUUCUACCAGAGAGCUGUGGACAAGGCCUUACAGAGUCCAAACGGACACCUGGACUUGUUCCUGCGCUUCCUCCUGGGUCUGUCAUUGCCGACCAAUCAGAAUCUCCUACGAGGCCUUCUGACACAGACAGGAAGUAGCUCACAGAUCAAUCAGAAAACAGCGGAGUACGUCAAGGAGAAGAUCAGUGGGGAUAUGUCUGCAGAGAGAUGCAUCAAUCUGUUCCACUGUCUGAAUGAACUGAAGGAUGUUUCUCUAGUGGAGGAGAUCCAACAGUCCCUGAGAUCAGGAUGUCUGUCCACAGAUGAACUGUCUCCUGCUCAGUGGUCAGCUCUGGGCUUCAUCUUACUGUCAUCAGAAGAACAUCUGGAUGUGUUUGACCUGAAGAAAUACUCUGCUUCUGAGGAGGCUCUUCUGAGGCUGCUGCCAGUGGUCAAAGCCUCCAAGAAAGUUGUACUGAGUGGCUGUAAUCUGUCAGAGAGAAGCUGUGGAGCUCUGUCCUCAGUCCUCAGCUCCCAGUCCUCCAGUGUGACAGAGCUGGACCUGAGUGAUAACAACCUGCAGGAUUCAGGAGUGGAGAGUCUUUCUGCUGGACUGGAGAGUCCACACUGUAAACUGGAAGUUCUCAGACUGAAUAACUGUAAUCUGUCAGAGAGAAGCUGUGGAGCUCUGUCCUCAGUCCUCAGCUCCCAGUCCUCCAGUCUGACAGAGCUGGACCUGACUAACAACAACCUGCAGGAUUCAGGAGUGGAGAGUCUUUCUGCUGGACUGGAGAGUCCACACUGUAAACUGGAAGCUCUCAGGCUGUCAGGCUGUCUGGUCACAGAGGAAGGCUGUGCUUCUCUGGCCUCAGCUCUGAGCUUGAAGACCUCAAAUCUGAGAGAGCUGGACCUGAGCUACAACCAUCCAGGAGACUCAGGAGAGAAGAUGCUGAGAGCUAAAGUGGAGGAUCCACACUGUAGACUGGAAACUCUCAGGGUGACGCCUGCUGGAGUCCGAUGGUUGACACCAGGUCUGAGGAAGUAUUCCUGUCAACUCACAGUUGACACAAACACAAUAAACAGAAAACUCAAACUGUCUGACAACAACAGGAAAGUGACAUAUGUGGAGGAGGAUCAGUCGUAUCCUGAUCAUCCAGACAGGUUUGACUGGUUUCCUCUGUUGCUGUGUGAAACUGGUCUGACUCGUCACUGUUACUGGGAGGUGGAGUGGAGAGGAGAUGUUCAUGUAUCAGUGAGUUACAGAGGAAUCACAAGGCAAGGAAACAGUGAUGACUGUGGGUUUGGAUGGAAUGAUCAGUCCUGGAGUCUGAUCUGCUCUGAUGAUGAUGGUUACUCUGUCAGACACAAUAACAGUCAAACAUCCAUCAGUUCCCCCUCAGACUCUCACAGAGUUUCAGUUUAUGUGGACGUUCCUGCUGGAACUCUGUCCUUCUACAGAGUCUCCUCUGACUCUCUGAUCCACCUCCACACCUUCAACACCACAUUCACUGAAACUCUCUAUCCUGGAUUUAGGGUCUAUGGGUUUGAUUCCUCAGUGUCUCUGUGCUGAGUUGAGUCUCCAGAGUCUCCUCCUGGUACAGAAACAGUGUUGAACAGAUAGUUGAGUCUCUCCGUGACUCUGUCCCUCACAAACAUGUUUUCACAUUCAUGGAUUAAAUGUGUUUCUUUGUCAAAUCCUUCUAAAUGAUUCCUUGUAAACUUGUUCCUCUUCAAAGAUGGAAGUUGUGAUUCUUCCAGGAGCCAAAUGUGGUGUUUGCGUCUUUUUCCAGUGAAAUGUUGAGAGUGAAAGUCAGGAUGUGGUGUUCCUCUGACGCUCACUUGAACUAAAAGCAUUUGAGCUGCACAAAGUGUGAAAUGAGAGAGGAAGCAGUGAAUCUCCAAACUGCUGACAGACUUUCACACAUUAUUGUCCAGUGAAAAUCAGCUUUUUGUGCAGCCACACUUGAUCCUGAUUUGAGUCUUUAAGUCCUGUUCUAGUGAUGAAAUGAGAACUAAAAAUCCUGACUCUGAGUUCUUCAUUACAAACACACAUUAUAUCAGCUGUUUAUUUUUCAUCUGCUUUAUUCUACUCAACAUUUAACAGGAUUAUAAAAAAUACAUUUAAAGUCUGUCAAGAAUCAUACAGGUAUGAGAUCCAUGAAUCAGCCAUAAGAAUGGGGCUCUGGCAGAGUGACAGCAAAAUAAGGGAACACAGUAUGAUAUUAUAACCUGUGAUUUAGAAUCAAAUAAUGCUAUAACCUGAUGAAUGUGUGUGAACUACCCAAAUGCCUGUUUUUUUUUAUCUUCUUUAAAUGUUGAAACAGUGUAAUCCUGGCUUAGUAGCAACUGAGUCACAGGAGAGUCUCAUUGCAAUAAAGAGGAUUGUUUGAUUGUGUUUUGAAGUGACCACAUGGGGGCAGCAUCUCACUGUGAGCAGUGAGGGCUUUGGUUACCAGAGGAGAUUAAUGUGGUUAAGGUUUUUAUUACUAUGAAAAUGGGAAUGCUUUGAAGGUUUUGAUCACUAUGAAAUGGAGAUGUUUACAGAAGAGUUUGAUCACCUGUGAAACCAAGAGAUUACUAACUUGGUGAUGGAGCAAGUAGUCUGGAACUAAGAUAAACUUGAAUUAAAUGCUCACAGUAAAGGUUCAUUAGCUCUGUAUAGAUUUUGGGGGAUUUCUUGUAAGUCUGUGUGCAUUGUGCAGAAAUGUACAGUGUGGGUGUUAGUGAGAGUUCGACGCUGACAUCAGCUUCUCCUGUUUCUCCACCGGAAGCCUGUGCUGGGCUGCAGAUGAACCAAAUACAUGAAUAGACCGGAUGAAAGGGCUAAACAGGUGGUUUUGGUUCAUCCGGACCACGCGGGGGCCAUGAAGUCGGUGGAUGGGGGAAGUGCACAAGUGAGGAGGGGGGAGGAUGUAUGCUGUCAUCGUGUAUGUCAAUUAAAGUGUGCUGUCAUCACGUAUGUAAAUUUAAUAUGAUGUCACCGUAUAUGCAAAUUCUGAAGAGAAGCAGUGAUGUUAUAAAAUGCUGGAAUAUAUUUGUUGGGAGUUGUUGUGGGGUAGUCACUUGAUGCAAACCAGACAACAGUUCUGAGCAUGAGGGAUUUUACCACAGAACUGUGGACGGGUGAUUCAACAUGAUCUGCAAAGAAUAUGUGUUCUACUGGGAUUAUGGACUGAAGGACUGCUCUUACUGCUGUUUGAGGAUUCUAAAAAUAACACUGACUGAAGGAACAUUACUGAACUCUAUCAUUUCCAAAGGAAUGACACCAGAGUGGACUAUAACAAAGUUUUUAUUGGUCCAACCAACAAAAAAGGACACAAGCAGAUCUAAAUCUGGACUGAACUCUCUCUGCUUCCCCCUGGAGGCUCCAAGGCUCGUCGUUCUUCAGGUGAUCAGCCGGAUGUGGCCACACCGUCUGCUCUCCCCCUCCAAAUUACAUAAUGUGGGUGAUUAUUACUCUUCUUCUAUGAAAGCAUAGUAGCAGUUAGGAAUCAUGACGAGCCACUGAAAUAUUAACUAACUAUUGAUUCAUUGUCUGAUGAUUUAAUGGCUAUUGCUAUUUCCCUGCUGAGAUAUAUUUUAAUAAAGCAUUGUCCUGCAAUUAAAAUCAACAGAUUGGAACUUCUAUUUAUCCCUAUCACAAUGGUUAGAUAUAUAUUUUUUCUUGGAGUGUAUAAAGUCAGGUUAAUGCGUACAUCACAACAGUAAAGGUUCUGUAAGGUUACCUAGUCAGUCCACAUUUAUUCUAUUCAACAUUCUAAAAGUUUUUACAGAAAGGUUUGUUCAUAUAUCAUUUACAAUCUGUUUUAUGACACUUUUUCCCCUAAAAACAGACUGAAAUGCACAAAAUGAGACAUAAAAUGAAACAGAAAAACCUUAAACAGAUGCAAAAUGUCCAAAAUGAUACAAAAAUGAUCUAAAUGAGACACAAAAUGUUCACAAUGGAACAAAACAACUUUAAAAGCACGAAAAAUGCCGAGUAAAAUCCUAAACACAAAAAGUGACCAAGGUUAGAGACAAAAUGAUGAAAAUGAGCCUCAAUGAGACACAAAAUGAGCAAAUUCAACAAAAACAGCCUUUAAGUCACCAAAAUGCAACAAAAAACAACAAAAAGAGAUGAAAAAUGACAACAUUUUAUCCACUAACAACCCUAAGGAUGCAAACUGAACAAAAUAAGGCACAAAAUGAGCAAAUGUUAGCUUGUCAGUGUUGUGAAAACUUCAGUCUAACAUGUCAGUGUGUAGUUUGAUAUCUGGAGCUGAGUUGCAGCUCGUUGUCUGGACUUCUGUCUUACCUGAAUGUUUCCUAUCUGGCUGAGGAGGCUUCAUUUUUCUGUCACAGUCUUUGCUCACAAUGUCUUCACAAGUUUCACACUUGAAAUCUUCACCACAACUCUCCAAUAUCUCCAAGCUUUGUGUGUUAAACUGACUUUCUCAAGUGUUUCCAUGUUUUUCUUCAGAAUAUGGAAUGUGGUAACAGUUGUUAGUUCUUCUCUCU